AGCAGUAAAGUACGCGACGGCGAAGCAGAAGGAGAGCGUCACGGCACAGCUGCACCACCUCCCUUUUAUUAUUGCUGUUGUCUGCCUGUUGGAGGGGUGGCUUCGCACGGUGCCGCUGCACGCAGCCGUAAAGCAAAAUACAUUUCUGUAGGUUUCCUUUUAUUUUCUUACACUUCCCCCUUCUCGCCCUCUCAGCACGCAGCAAUGAUGCGUACAUGCGGCGUGCUGCUGGAUAAGUCCAUGUUCGCGGCGAAGCGACGGGUGAUUGUGCCGAUCCACGCCACACCUGGCUACCCCGCGCACUUCAUCAAAGCCUCCUUCACCACGGAUCCGCUGAAGGAGAAGCAGAAAGCCCGCUUCUCUUCCGGCGGGGAGGCGAUGCGCGAGGUGCAGGACAUCCCAAAGCGCUUAGAAGGUCAGCGCUCGCGUGCGGAUCUCGCGAACCGCGGCGACGAGGAGUUCGCGGCGCUGAUUGAAUUCAUCCAAGGCGCUUCCUACGAUCAACUCAUCUCGGGCCGCCGCUUUAAGAAGAUCUACGACAAGCUGUCGGAGAACGACGACAUGUUCAUCUGGCUGUGCCACACCGCGAUGGCGGUGUUGAACCCCGGCGAUGUGCGGUCGCGGCUCAUCUACAACCACCUGAAGGCGCUCGCGGAGGCCGUCGCAAACGGAGACAUGACGCAGCGAACGGCAUUUCGCUUUUACGAGUCUGCCGUACGCAGUCCUGCCUAUCGCGCGAUCGCCGCGAGGCAGCUGGAGACGGGCGCGGCGACGCGUCUCGCUGGCAUUGCCGCGGCGGCGGACGUAAUGCGCGACAUGGGCCUUACGCGGCGGCCCAUGUCGGCCUACUUCGAGCUGUACCAGCGCAUCGUCGAGCGUAGUGAAGCCAUGACGCCGUGGGGGUUUCCACCGCUCUUUCAGUUUGAGGAGCGUCUCGCGUUGGAGCCGCGGCUGAAGUUCUUUUCGCGGGCGGGUCAGCAGCAGCUGGAGCGCCGUCGCCGUGGAACGAUUUUCUCUCCACACACAGUUUUGCAAGGCCGGCGCAUCUUCUGGAUUCCGCCGACGUGGAACCGCGCAGGGCGCUUCAUUGGGCCACACAUCAACAUGUACCCAGGCAUGACACCUGAUUGA